AUGAACGACUCCUCUCCAUCCACCUCCAUGGCCACCGCGCAUACACAAGAAACAACCGAAGCAAAGGCCGCCUUCACUGCCUCUCUGACUUCUGUCGGAACAAACUUGGAUGCCGACCUGCGGAUGCGUGCGCAGGCACUUCACGACAACGACAAUGCCAUCAAGAAGCAGGAGGAGAAAUUGAAGAAAACGACCCAAGAUCUCGCGAAGCAGUCAAAGGAAUUGGAGAAACUGGCUGAUAUGGGUAGAAAGGGCCUAAAUGAAGUGGGGGACUUGCAGAAUUGGGCAGAACUCAUUGAACGGGAUUUGCUUAUCACGGAGGAAACGCUGCGGCUUGCGGAGGAGGAGGAUGAGAAGAAUGGGAAGAUGAACCGGAAGGCGGAGAGUAUCGUCACUAUUUACGUCCGUUAUUUGUGA